AAAUCAUUACAGUCUAAAAUACCAGAAAAAUCAGUGGACAUAACAUCCGAUCAAAUUGAGACCGAGUGGCAAAAUUUCAAACAAAAGUUUAGGAAAAACAAUGCAAUGCUUAACUACGACGAGUCGAAGCGCCGGCAGAUAUUUGCCGACAAUUACCGCCGGAUUCGCGACCACAACAAAGAGGCCGAUAAAGGCGUUCACACGUAUCGGUUGGGCGUCAAUCAGUUCACAGACAUGACUCAACACGAGUUUACUAAUGGAUUGUGUGGGCACCGGACGUGACUGCAAAACAAUCAUGAUCCACUAAAUAAC